CGUCUUAAAUAGAAAAGUGAAGCAUUGACACCGGGUUGUCGCGCGGAUCUGUGAGCGCGUGAGAGGUUAAUGAAGGUGUGGGACCUGGCGCUGACACGAGACGAGGAUGGGUGAUAUAACUAAGGGUCAGACUACCUUCUACUCCAAUGCGGAGGGCUACUGGAAGGACGUGGCCCCCACGGUGGACGGCAUGCUGGGGGGCUACGGCAAGAUAUCAAACAUCGACCUCAACGGAUCCAAGGCCUUCCUGCAGAAGUUCCUGGGAGAAGGUGAAGGGAAGACGGGCAGCGGCUGCGCUCUGGACUGCGGAGCGGGCAUCGGGAGGAUCACCAAGCGUUUGCUGCUGCCUCUGUUCAGCACCGUGGACCUGGUGGACGUCACCGAGGAGUUCCUGGAACAAGCCAAGACGUACCUGGCAGAGGGAGGAGAGAGAGUGGGGAAAUAUCACUGCUGCGGCCUGCAGGACUUCGUACCUGAGAGCGGACGCUACGACGUCAUCUGGAUCCAGUGGGUCAUCGGCCACCUGACAGACGACCACCUGGUGGAUUUCCUGCAGCGUUGUCAGAAAUCCCUCCGGCCAAACGGCCUGAUCGUCAUCAAGGACAAUGUGUCGUACGAGGGCGUGGUUCCCGACGAUGUGGACAGCAGCGUGUGCCGAGACCUGGACAUCGUUCACGGUCUGGUGAGCAAAGCGGGGCUGAGCAUCGUUCACGAGGAGCAACAGAUGGACUUCCCUAAGGAGAUCUACCAAGUGCACACGCUGGCUCUCAGAUAGGACUCUUUCACUUCGCAGACCUUGUAUAUAUGCCGUGUUUCUGAUGAUGUGGAAAGUGUGCCAGCUAUCAGUGUAUGAUGUGAAACGAUCUGCAUUGCUUUGUGGAGUGUGUGUUGCGAACGCCAUGCAUCAGUGUGAAUGCCGAGUCAUCUUUUCUGAGCUUUAAGGUAUUACUCUUGGAAUAUUUGCUAUCACCUAUUCAAGAUGGACACUAUCGAGCAUGCACUUCCUGUCAGUGUGAUGUCCAGAAGGUCCAAUAGAUAGUCUAAUGCUGUAAUGUGUUUGGAAGACAUCAUGCUAGUGCUGCUGCAUAUUUAUGUAUGACCCACAGGGGGCAGUGUUAUUGAAUGUGAGGUCCACAGGAUUCAUCAGCAUCACACACUGGAGACUGCAUCUUCAAGCAGUCUCACACGGACAUAUUCUCAAUGUUUUUAAAGAGAUAUUUUGUAUGUUUGACAUCUUAACGACAACAUGUUUGCAGAUCCAUGUGCUAUCGUCGCAAAUUCUGAUCUUGUAUUAAUGAUAAAGAGAUGAUUUUUGUUUUAG